GCCACCCCCACCGUCCCGCCUGCCUCCCCUGCCUCCCCCCCCCUCCCCAGCUGCGUCCGCCGCUGUCCUGUCUGGCCGCCCGGUGUCUGCUCCUGCUCCGCCGCUCCGCGCUCCGCGGCGCUCCCACCCCCGUUACCCGAAGACUCUGCCUCCUCGUUCACACCACAACCCCCGGCUUCCCGAACCCACCACCACCACCACCAACCACCACCCCUUUCCCCAUCUCCACCCGGUGAAUGCACCAGCGCCGAAAACAUGACGGGCAUCGCCGCCGCUUCUUUCUUCUCUAAUUCCUGCAGGUUCGGGGGCUGCGGUCUCCAGUUCGAGUCUCUCGCCGAGCUCAUCGUCCACAUCGAGGACAAUCACAUCGACACAGAUCCACGGGUCCUGGAGAAGCAGGAGCAACAGCAGCCCACGUAUCUGGCCCUAAGCUACAUCAACAGGUUCAUGACAGAUGCGGCGCGCCGAGAGCAGGAGACCAUGAAAAAGAAGGCCACGCCCAAACUGUCCCUGUCCAUCACCGGCGGAGUGUCCAGGAACAGCACGGCCACGCCUCCUCGCCACACCAGCGGUAACCUGACGCCUCCCGUCACGCCCCCGAUCACCCCGUCUUCCUCCUUCCGCAGCAGCACACCUACAGGCAGUGAGUAUGAUGAGGAGGAGGUAGACUACGAGGAGUCGGACAGCGAUGAGUCGUGGACCACAGAAAGCGCCAUCAGCUCCGAGUCCAUCCUCAGCUCCAUGUGCAUGAAUGGGGGAGAAGAGAAGCCGUUUGCGUGCCCCGUCCCCGGCUGUAAGAAGAGAUACAAGAAUGUGAACGGCAUCAAGUACCACGCCAAGAAUGGCCACCGCACACAGAUCCGUGUAAGGAAACCCUUCAAGUGUCGCUGUGGCAAGAGCUACAAGACCUCACAGGGCCUGAGACACCACACCAUCAACUUUCACCCACCCGUCUCUACUGAGAUCCUGCGCAAGAUUCAAGGCUAGAGCUCGUGGUCACACCAAGUCAACUACCCCAAACAUAGCCCUAUCCUGACUUUCCUUCUCCAACCCUUUUAUGCCCAUCCCACACACUAAAAGAAGUGCAUGCUUUAAGUUCUUUUCUUUCUUUUUUUUUCAUCUUUUUGUUUGUUUGUGUUACAUUAUUUUUUUCUAUCCAUGUUAUAUCACUUGUAUUUUUGAAAAAAAAAAAAAUCUUUGUAGUAUUUUUAAUGUUGUACAUUUGCACAUUCGUAUAUGCUAUCACGUUACUUUUUUCUAUUGUUUGACUUACAUAAGGUGCUAACUGUAAAAAAAAACAAAACAACAGAAAGAAAAGACAAAAAAACAAACGUUAAGAAAGAAGAGAGGAGAAACAAAAGAUGAUGUGAAACAAGAAGUGCAACCAAGCCCUGCCCCCCUUUUCCCCGCUCGUCUGCGAGCGGAGUGAAGUUAACUUUAGUGCUGAUUUAAGUUCAGUUAGUCGUUACACUCCGUUCUGUCUGAUGCAGAGAGGUCGCUGAGCUUAGAUCUGUGCAUUCGCAGUAACUUCCGGGGGUUUAAGUGCAAGAGUUAAGUUAUACUUUAAAUAGAUAUAUUGAUAUAUAAACAAUAAAUAUGUAUGUGUACAUAAAAAUAUAUAAAAGUAUUCAUGAGCAUAUACAUAAAUAGUUACACUUUAUUUUCAAGCUUUAUUACCUCUGCUAAGGUGCUUAUGUUUUCGGUGCUGUUUGUUUGUCUGUCAGCAGGAUGAGCAAAAGAUUUUCAUGAAAUGAAAUGGACUGAAUUUGCUACACGUGCAAACCUGUGAUUGAUUAAUGUGAAUGGUGUGCCAUGACUAAACACAAGAAAACACAAGAGCCACCUUGAACAUCACUGUAGAAACAGAACACCUUGGCGGAGGUCUGCGCUCUCCGGGUGCCCUUCUAGUUUUAUAUAUUUUUGUCAGCGUUUUAGAUUUAGAUUUUUUUUUUUCCCCUCUAUGUAUAAGUGUUCCUUUCAUUCCUUGUUUGCUGAGACCAGUUUUGUCACCUCCGAGGUCAAAUCAAAAAAAGCUGUCUGACUUUAGGUGUCAGGUUUUUUCUCUCACCACAUCCUAGAGAUUAGGAGCCAAUACACCUUUCGGUUUGAGUGUGCGAUAUUUUACUGUUGAUCAGGAAGAGAUGCUCAGCGCUGAACGUAUUACAACACGGCCCCGGCCAGGAAUCCAUACCUUUAAACAUUUCAUCCCGCAGAAAGCCAUCCAUGUAUUUCAUAUCUCCAGUGUUUCCACAUUCAGAGUGCCAGAGCUGUGUUCCAGAGACUUAGCCUUGAAAAGCAGGUUAAGCGUCAUACUGUAUUCCAGUUGCCAAGAUCUUUGUUGUUGUUUUGUUUUUCCAUGAUUGUUGCCAACAGCUCUCCACUGCCAAACAUUGACCAUACCAUGUGCCUGAUGAGGGAGUGGGUGGGUGCGGGUGGGUGGGGACGGGUGGGUUUAGGGAGUCGUAGUGGUUUCACCCUGGAGGUCGCCAAACGUGUGGCAAUGAUUUUCUUCUUCACCACGCCUCCUAAAUGUGUGGAUGAGUGGAUGUACAUCAACGGAAUGUUUUCAUGCAUGCUUUCUGUGUCGUAACGGGAGAAACGAUGUGAGAGAGGAGGGCGGAUUUGCAUUCGAAAGAGAUUACCAUCUACAACCCGUCAUUUGUGUGUUGUAGACAAGAGCAUUCCAGUUCAUUGUACGUAUGUGUGUGUGAUGUGUGAGUGUGCGCGUGUGUGUGUGUGUGCGUUUUCAGUAUCCAAGUCAUCAGCCUAUAGAGUGUUACAGUGUGUUUCAGUGCUCGGAUCUGUCAUGUUUUCCGCGUCAGGCCGCUGGUUUCGACUCCUGUGGAGCAGGAUGGCUGGCAGCGUUGCGUGAUGUAGUGUAGCGGUGGCCAACUUGUUGCCCCCACUGAGUGGGAUGCUUCAUCAUUCUUUGCCUCUAGAAAAACAAGAGCGGUGCGGUGCGGCACCGCGUGCCAAGACACAUCGAUUCAUGACAUCAUGUCCCAUCAUCGUGCACAACGUUUUUUAUUCUGUGGAAGGCUCAAAGCAUGAGCACUUUCUUUUUUCUGUUCAAUUGAUGGGUACAGUGACCUCUGACAUGCACACACCCUCCUGUCCUCCAAGCUGCUGUUGCCAUGGAAACCACUGGGUUAACAUGGCAGUUUCUUUUUUUUCCUUUUUUUUUUUUUUAAAUUGACUUUGUGAUACACUUCAUUUUCUACACCAUAUUAAAAAGGUAGAUACCAGAUUUUUCCUCUGGUAUUUGUUUAUCUAAUCCCCUAAUUUAUUUAGAGGGUUAAAUGAACAUAUAUUAUUUAUGCGUCUGUACUGUACUUAAAAUGCCUUUUUAAAUGGUGUGCUAGCUAGCAAAUAAGCACAAAUGUGGCCUGAAAGACAUCCAUGUCUAUUCUGAAGCACCAAUAAGUGAGCCAAGAUCUCUUAAAAUCUUGGUAUCGGUUUCAAAGUACAUCUGUGGAAUCACUACCCUGAAAGUAACCCUGAGAUAAUGGUUUGCGUGCGAUAGAAAAGCUUCAUCCCUGCCUUUCAGUGUAGGAGAAGAAUUUCCAUGGCUGGGUUUAGAUCAGAGCAGAGACAGACCCUGAGAUGGACGGAGACUGAGAGUCUCCCGUCGGGAGCUCUGUCAAACACUCGUAAAAAAACAACAAAAAAAAAACAUCCCCUGCUUCACGGAUCCCGCCGUCACCAUGGCAAUAGUUUCAGCUUUACACGGGGGCCAAUUGCAGUAUUACACAUAUAGGAGAGGAGGAGUGGAGGCUGUGUGCAGACGGAGGAGACGAGGGAGGGGGUUUCAGUAUACCGUGUACAGUGAAUGUAUUGUAACGUGUGUCUGUUGUCAAGUGCUUUUAAAUUAUAUUUUCGUAUGUAACGUGGAGACCGAUGUUUCCUUUUUGUAUGGGGGGACAACAGGUUCUGAGCAGAGUAACUUGUAAAUGAUGUCAAACUGUCUUUCUAUAUAAAAGAGAAGCUGCUUAAAUGUAAACAGGAAAAGACUGAAAAAA